UCUGGUUGUUGUGUGUUGACUUCCGUGCUGUCCGCCGCUCCGACACUCGUGUGAUUAACGUCUGCUGUUUACCUGCGUCAGGUGACGUCAUACGCUGUUAUAAAUCAACCCUGACCCUCCAGUGCUACGAGUUCAACUUGGAUUUUUAUAUUUGACCAGUCCAUUCUAAUACGGUUUGUGACAAGUCAAACAUGACUUCACUCGCGUCAAACUUUACCGUGGAUUUGACUUUCACACAGUCAGAUGACUGUCCUUGCUGGAUAUGACUUGUACGCAGUCAAGUGAUGUCAUAGUUUGGAUAUGACUUUAACGGUAUGCGCCACCCCAGAGGCCGACCCGUCCACCUUCCUGACGGACAGGAACGAGACGUACGCCCAGUACACCUGCCGCUCGGGCUACAGGCUCCACUCGGGCGACAUGGAGAGGUCAUGUGACGCCAACGGCACGUGGUCAGGCAGCCAACCAAUCUGUGUGGUGGACAGUGUGCUACCCAAAGCCUACCUGGUCGUACUCAUCGUCGGUGCCACGGUGGCCGUGUUCCUAGCCUGCAUACCCUACGACUUCUACCGGUUCCGGAAACGGAAGAAGAAGGUUCGAGACCACCAGGAGCGUCUGUCCCUGGUGACCAGGAUCGCCCCGGGGCACGCCAAGGUCGUCGUGGAGACGGUACCGACUGACCAUGACCUCCUGACCCACGGGCACCCGCGGCGGUUUGGUCUCAAGUCGCUGUUCAGCGUGUUCCGGUUUGUGGGCGGGAAGAUGAAGCACGCACACAAUCCAGCUGACGCGGUUAACCAGACAUGCGCAGAAGAAGGGGUGGAAGAAACCCGCGUUGAACCGGAAGCCGGGGUAGAGCCGGAAAAAAUGACCGCGUCGUCGUAUGUAUUCAGCCCGGAGCCGUCAACAACCGGCGCGGAGUUACCUUCCGGAGCCGGAGCCACCGACUCGCUGGAUAUUUUCGAAACCGUACGGAGCCGGGACGAAACACCGGAAGUAGUUUCGCAUCACGGCGAUCUCAGACUGGUGCCUUCCGUGACGACGCUGCCCGAAGAUUUAAGGCCGGCGCCGAAGAAAGGCUGGCUCAUGUUCAAGAGGGCCAAUGAGAUAUCCGCGCGUCAGCCUGACAGGAAGAGUCACGCUGACGCCAACGACGCCAGGGGCUCAGAUGUUUCGGGUUCGGGGCCAUCCCAGCCGGCGAUCGUGCAAGUCACCUCCAUGAAAGAAAUCGUCGUACCAGGGGCGGAUAAAUCUCGAGGCAGCCCGCCAGGGGCCGCAACUUCGCCUUCACCCGUUCUCUCGCCCACACCGUCAACGUCAUCACCGGACAUGGGGUCGUUGAGAAACCUGGACACGAACUAUCGGACGUUUAGCUUCUCCAGGAAAGACACUAACGCCGCCUACCACUCGAUGCCGCUGAUUACAGACAGUCCCUGACCCAAGGUCAUCUCGACCUUCACCCCGUGACCUUUGUCUGACCUUCAAAGAAACUUAACCAAGUAUAAAUAUAUGGUACUAAUUGGAUUUUUUAUUACAUCGAGGCCGCCAUGUUUGAAAUUCCAAACGAGGCUGACGUGUCUAUAAACCUUGACUUUCUAUCCGUUUGUUUAGAGGCCAUCCGUUUGUUUAGAGGUUAUAAACUAUUUCACAGCUGCUUUGCUACCUGGAAGUAGUUUAGGUUAGUCUGCUGUUGUCCCGGUUACCAUAGUUACCCCAUCAUACUUGUGUGUGUGUGUGUACAUACAGUGUGUACACACUAGAGGGACCGGCGUACACAUGCGUGUAUUAGAAGCUAGGCUGUACACAAUAGAUGCCUGUAGAACAAUACCAAGUCUAUUAUAGAGUUUUUCCGCUUAGGAAUUAGGAACGGUAACUAGGUAGGCUAAUUUACGUGGGGUUACCUCCCCUUGUAUUGUACAUUCACAUUGCCCCUGUUUCAAAGUACCCCUCACCUUAACUGUGAUACGUGUUCGAUGUUUGGAGUUUCUAUAGAACAUACAUCCGUGGGUAGAGUUGUAGAUGUUUGUGUUGUGUGGAUGUAGUGUGAUGCUGUGUAAUGUGAGUGGUGUGGUGUGGGGUGUAAGAAGUGUGUGGGGUGACAGAAGGGUGAAAUUAUUGUGUAAAGGGCUCCCCCCUCUCCUCCCGCCCCUAGGGCGCUGACGUUUUCUAAUUUUGUAACCUGCUCCCCUAGUACUACUACAAGCGUUCUGUAAGUUUUGCCACCUUUUUUUUACAAAUAUAUACAGGCAGAUCAAUAUUCAUAGAGUACAAAUUUUGCCACGCCCCUUUCAUAAUUAAAGCCACUGUGUUUUUUUUUAAACAGAAUCUACAUAUGAAAUAUCAACCCUCAUUAAAGAUGGGUUGUUUUAUAAGUUGGGUACACGCCAUUUUUUAUUUUCACAUUCCUGUAACCUUGGCAGUCACGUGGUUUGUAGCCACUAGCGACCUUGACCGUUUUGUGAUUACUCACCAAGAGACCAGCAGUUACGCAUGACAGCUCACAUCUGUACGGGGAUUUCUUAAACACAUGCCGUUCCUACUGCUCGCAUUCCGGCUCCCACUUGUCAAAAAUUCCAGCUUCCACAACUAGCAUUCCAUUUCUCACAACAAUUCCAGCUCCCACCUCUAGCAUUCCGUUUCUCACAAUUCCAGCUUCCACGGCUAGCAUUCCAUUUCUCACAACUCAACAAUUCCAGCUUCCACGGCUAGCAUUCCGUUUCUCACAAUUCCAGCUUCCACGGCUAGCAUUCCAUUUCACACAACAAUUCCAGCUCCCACCUCUAGCAUUCCGUUUCUCACAAUUCCAGCUUCCACGGCUAGCAUUCCGUUUCUCACAAUUCCAGCUUCCACGGCUAGCAUUCCAUUUCUCACAACAAUUCCAGCUCCCAUAACUAGCAUUCCAUUUCACACAACAAUUCCAGCUCCCACCUCUAGCAUUCCGUUUCUCACAAUUCCAGCUUCCACGGCUAGCAUUCCGUUUCUCACAAUUCCAGCUUCCACGGCUAGCAUUCCGUUUCUCACAAUUCCAGCUUCCACGGCUAGCAUUCCGUUUCUCACAAUUCCAGCUUCCACGGCUAGCAUUCCAUUUCUCACAACAAUUCCAGCUCCCAUAACUAGCAUUCCAUUUCUCACAACAAUUCCAGCUCCCAUAACUAGCAUUCCAUUUCUCACAACAAUUCCAGCUCCCAUAACUAGCAUUCCAUUUCUCACAACAAUUCCAGCUCCCAUAACUAGCAUUCCAUUUCUCACAUCUCAACAAUCCUGGAUCGUUCUAACAUAAACUUCUCGCACAGAAUCCAGGCAUCAUUUAACCAUCACCAGCUUCUACAGCCGGUAUUACAGCUCUUAAAAGAUUCUUCCAGCUCCCAUGUAGCACACACCAGCUUCAAGCCUGAGCGAUCCUAAGAUACCCCUUGUCUAAACACGGAACUGACCCCUAAACACAUGUUGCUUCUUGUAACUCUUUAAAACCCAGUCCCAAAGUUUAUCUUAUUACAGCGCUUUAACUUUAAACCAAGCUUGUCCAAAAAUAGAAUCGGAUUUUCACAUUUCUCUCCCCCUUAACUAAUGUUAUACAGUACAUACAAGUAGCGUACUUUUCUUUUCCCUUACUUGUUUAUUAUUUUCAAUGUUUCAUGCAAAAUUUGUAAAAUUCAUAUAAUUUUAAAACAAAAAUUACUUAAAU